AUGAACGACAAUCCUGUUUCAAGUUAUUUGUCGAAGGAUGUUUUAGAUUAUGAACCGACUAAGGAGGAAAUUAAAUUUUAUCAUAAAAAUAACCUAAAAAGUUUAAGAUAUAUAUUUUGUGGAAAAGAGCUUGAUGACUUUGAGAAACAGAAAAUAAGAGAAUUAAAAGAAUUUGUUAAUAAAUUAAAAUUAAAGGAAAAAGAUAAAGAGAAAGAUAAAGAAAAAGAAGUUGAAACAUACCAAACUAUUUUUAAAAAUACCCUUUUUGAUGAUGAUAAUUAUGUUCUAAGAUUUCUACAAGGAAAUGAAUUUGUUUUUGAAAGAUGUUAUAACGAUAUGUUAAGACACUUAACGUGGAGAAAAGAAAAUCUACCAAUACCCCUGAGUGACGUUCAAAUUUUUUUAGACAAGGGAUAUUGUUAUAUUCAUGGAAGGGAUAAACAAAUGCACCCAAUCAUAAUUAUUAAUUGCAAAAAUAUUAUAUCAGCUAAUACUAAAGAUGUUUUAAAAGUUCUUUAUUAUUGGCUAGAAUUUUGUAUAUCCAAAUUAUUAAUAGAAGGAAAAGUAGAACAAUGGAGAGUUAUAAUUGAUUUAACAUCAUGUAGUGUUUUAAAUAUACCUAUAGCAACUUUAAAGGAUAUCUCAAAAAAUUUAAGUUGUAAUUAUCGAUCAAGGCUGUGUAAAAUGCUUGUGUUAAGUGCUCCUUUAGUUGUUACAGGAAUAUGGCAUAUGUUAAAAUCCAUCAUACCAGUUGUAACACAACAAAAAAUUACAAUAACAUCAUCUGAAAAGGAGAAGAAGUUGCUAGAUCAAGUUCAGGCAAAUCAAUUAGAAAAAAAAUUCGGUGGAACCUGUGAGAAUGCAACAGAUUUUACAGAACCAAUAUUGCCAUAA